CCUGCCACAAGAAAACAAAGACACACCUUUUUCUCCGCAGCUGAAACAGAACCUCAUGAGGGAAAGAGGAAAGUGGAAUCUCUGUGGCCUAUCUUCAGGAUCCACCACCAAAAAACCCGGUAUAUUUUUGACCUCUUUUACAAGAGGAAAGCCAUAAGCAGAGAACUAUAUGAAUACUGUAUUAAAGAAGGCUAUGCAGAUAAAAAUCUGAUAGCAAAGUGGAAAAAGCAGGGCUAUGAGAACUUAUGCUGCCUGCGCUGCAUUCAGACAAGGGACACCAAUUUUGGAACAAACUGCAUUUGCCGGGUCCCCAAAAGCAAGCUGGAAGUGGGCCGGAUCAUCGAGUGCACACACUGCGGCUGCCGGGGCUGCUCCGGCUGAGGCCCUGAGGACCUGACCCGUCUUCACCCUGAACUUGGGACUUACGGGUUUCUGCCUGUUGCGCCACCCCCUUUCCUGGGAGCAGCUCUUCUCGCGGAGCAGUGCUCCUGGCCUGAGUUGGAGCAUGGUCUUUAUAUGUAAAGGCUUUGGUGUUUCUCAGCCGUGAUUUGUAGGAAUAAAAUUUUUAAACCUUC